AUGCAGCAGAAUCUGAGUGCCGACCCCGAUCUGCGGAGCGGUAAGCGCAAGCCGAGCGGCAAGAGGAAGCUUGCUGAUCAAGGAGAGCUACUACAACCGCACUCGCAGCGGACGAUCUCAGAGCUACUCGCAUCCAGCUCCUCUCGCAACACCGACCACCAGAGCACCCCCACCGCUCUGAAACGAUCUCGCUAUUCUGUGUCCCCCUCGCGGCCCGCGGUUGGCCAUUCCGUAUCGCCGAACAAGAUGUAUAACUUCUCCGGAUCUCCGCCCAAGAACGGCGCCGCCUUUAUGCGCAGCACACCGGCGUCAAAUCCCCCAUACUCCGGGGUCAAUGCCCGGCAGAAUAACUUCAGUCCCCAUUCUGGCGCCAAGAAAUUGGUGGUGAAGAAUCUUCGGGCCGGUCCUCGGGCAAACCAUGAGCAAUACUUCGAUAAGACGUGGGCACAGCUGGAUGCCGCGUUGUCAGCGAUCUUUGAUGGCAAGAAAGACAUCUCUCUGGAAGAGCUGUACAAAGGGGCCGAAAAUAUAUGUCGUCAGGAAAAAGCCGCGUUACUGGCCAAGAAGGUUCAAGAGCGGUGCAAGAACUAUGUGGCGGGAAUGCUUCGUGAUAACUUAGUUGAGAGGGCCAAGGGGGGGACGGAUGUCGAUACAUUGCGGGCAGUGAUCGAGGCAUGGUCGGCAUGGCACUUGAGACUUAUUACUGUUCGUUGGGUGUUUUAUUACCUGGACCAAUCCUUCCUACUGCAUUCCAAGGAUUUCCCGGUGAUCCAGGAGAUGGGUCUGAUCCAAUUCCGCACGUACGUCUUUGCCGAUUCGAACCUUAAGCCAAAGAUCCUGCGAGGCGCUUGCGACCUCAUCACUGCUGAUCGGGGGGCUGAGACUCGAACCGCGCACGAUGCCACUUUGCUUCGGGAUGCUAUCGAAUUGUUCCAUCAUCUAGACGUCUACAACAGUGACUUUGAGCCAUUGUUCAUCACCAGUUCCCACAAUUUCAUCACGUCAUGGGCCCAGAGAGAAUCCACUGGGGCUCUAUCAUCCUUCGUCGAGAACAGCCAGCGUCUGAUUGAACGCGAAGUAGAACGAUGCGGUCUCUUUGCCUUGAAUCGAAGUACUAAACAGAAGCUGGCCGAGCUGUUGGAUGAAAUCUUGGUCGGAGAGCACGAGGCGGUCCUCCUCAAUGAGAGCGAGGUACUAGGCCUCAUGCGGGCAGAAAAUCAGACAGCCUUGAAGCAACUUUAUCGCCUUCUCAGCCGGCGCAGCUUGGCUCACAAAUUGAAGACCCCCUUUGGUCAUUUCAUCGUCGAAGAGGGCUCGAACAUUGUCUUUGACGAGGAGAACGAGGCGGAGAUGAUUGUGCGUCUUCUACAGUUCAAGAAACAGCUCGACGAAACCCUUGCCGAAUCGUUCGACCGAAACGAAGAUCUCGGUCACACAGUGCGUGAAGCAUUUGGACAGUUCAUGAAUCUCGGUCGAAAGGGGCAAUCCACCGGUGGGACUGAUAAUCCGAAGACAGGGGAGAUGAUUGCCAAAUAUGUGGACCGAUUACUGAAAGGCGGUUGGAAGAUGCCUGCCAGCCAGGAAGAGGACGCCAUGGCGGAUGAGGAUGCUGAGAUCAAUCGGCAGCUGGAUCAGGUGCUGGAUCUCUUCCGGUUCGUGCAAGGCAAGGCCGUGUUCGAGGCGUUCUACAAAAAUGACCUUGCACGACGUCUGUUGAUGGGUCGAAGUGCAAGUGACGACGCCGAAAAGAGCAUGCUCGGUCGUCUGAAAAAAGAAUGUGGUUCGAGUUUCACACAUAAUCUAGAGACCAUGUUCAAGGAUAUCGAGGUGGCUCGCGACGAGAUGUCGGCAUACACGGCUUUUAAUCGUGAGCGCGACCGAAAACAACGCCCAGCGGUCGAUCUCAGUGUCAAUGUGCUCUCUGCCGCUGCCUGGCCUACAUAUGCCGAUGUUCCUGUGCGCAUCCCCUCGAUCAUUGCCACUGCCAUCAACGAUUUCCAAGAAUUCUACUGCAACAAACACACUGGCCGUCGGCUUAGUUGGAAGCAUCAGCUUGCACACUGUCAAUUGCGCGCCCGUUUCCCCAAGGGUUCCAAGGAAUUAGUGGUCAGCUCAUUCCAAGCGAUUGUGCUUCUUCUCUUCAACGAUAUUGAAGAGAAUGAGACGCUGCGCUAUGUCGAUAUUCAAACCGCAACAGGACUCUCGGAUCCUGAGUUAAAGCGGACUCUGCAGUCCCUCGCGUGCGCCAAAUACCGCGUUCUGACGAAGACGCCCAAGGGCAAGGAAGUUGAGACGACUGACGUCUUCUCGUACAACACCGGAUUCAGUGAUGCAAAGAUGCGCAUCAAGAUCAAUCAGAUUCAGUUGAAAGAGACCAAGGAAGAGAACAAGACCACUCAUGAGCGAGUGGCUGCAGAUCGACACUAUGAAACCCAGGCAGCGGUCGUGCGCAUCAUGAAGAGUCGAAAGACGAUUAAGCACGCUGAGCUCAUUGCAGAGGUGAUCGAAGCCACGCGUCAUCGGGGCACCCUUCAACCUGCCGAGAUCAAGACGAACAUUGAAAAAUUGAUCGAGAAAGACUACAUGGAGCGUGCUGAGAACAACCAGUACAGAUACGUGGCGUAG